AUGGAGAGCCAGGGCAGCCAGGAUGGCAUUGGCGGCGGCGGCGAUGAUCGUGGUGAUGAGGAUGGUACCGAUGAGCCCGGUUCCAGUGCGAGGUUCGACAGUUGGGUACAGGAGCGCAAUUGGACGCCAGACCGCGUCCGCCGCAUCAUCCAACGAGACAGCAAACGAUUAUUGGGCACCAUAUUGAACAUUAGUUCGUGGCGGCAGAUUGCCAUCGCCAUAUCCCGUCGAUAUUUGGACAAGGCAUUCAAGGAGUCAACGAUAGAUGGGGUCGAAGAAGACGACGACGGUGUGGACGAUAACCCGAUCGAUUUACAAGCCGGCCAUGGAACGCACGUGGCCGGCAUGGUAUACGCACGAGAGUUGCAGCAAGGGUUAUUCAGCACGGCCACGAUGCGCGAUAAGUUUCGUUUAGCCGUAGCGAUACGCCGAAAGCGGGAGCCAUUCGAGACGGAGCGGGAGUACCACCAGUUGCAGCGUUUCAGGCGAUUACAGCAGGUCGACAUUGCCGCCCGGUUGAGGGAGAUGAUAGGACCAGACGCCGCAUUCCGUGGCCAGCAAGAGACGGUGAUCCGGGCCAUCAUGCGGGGAGAGAGCCCGAUUGUGCAGAUCGCAGGCACGGGAGAAGGCAAGAGCAUGUCGUUCAUGUUACCGGCGUAUUGUUCCAGCGACGACGGAGGGACAACCAUCGUCAUCGUGCCCCAGAUCGCGACAUACGUUUGGAACAGUCGCGGCGGGCACCAGAUCACCCCCAUCGUGUUCGUCACGCCCGAGUCGGCAGUGACAAAAGGGUUCGGCGAUUUUGUGAACCGGUUGCAGGCACGGAAAGCGUUGGAUCGUGUCGUUGUGGAUGAGUGCCACGCCAUUUUGGACAGUACCAGCCAAUUCCGGCCGCAGUUGAUGGAGUUGGGCCGGGUGUUAAACGAAUGGGGCGUCCAAAAAGCCAAGCGCAGAGAUCACCACAAGAAGCAGCAGCAGCAGCAGCAGCAGAAUACCAGUCAGACCGGUAGCGGCGAGGUUGGGGCAGACCAAGAGGCGGAAGACAGCCGCGUGGUCAAGAUCGUGCAGGAUUGGUUACACAGAAACAGCCAAGGUCGCGUCAUCGUUUACGCCAACACCAUCGACCGGGUUGAACGAUUGGGGCGAUUAUUGGAGUGCAGCGUGUUUCAUUCCAAGGUCGACACAGCAGCGGGCAAGACGCAGCGAUUGAGGUCGUGGAUCGAUCAAGGUCAUUUAAUCGUGGCCACGAACGCGUUAGGGUUAGGGGUCGACGUGCCAGAUGUGCGGUUAGUGGUCCACGCCGGAUGCCGAACCGAUUGCGAGAUUACGUGCAGGAAAGCGGACGGGCCGGGCGGGACGGUGGCCAUAGCGAGGCCGUCGUCGUCAUAUGCCAGCAGGGGGAGGAAGCAGGAGGUCCACGGUCAUCAACCAAGGCAGGAGAAGAAGAAGGAAGGCGGUAGCAUCAGAUAA